AUGAACACGGUCCAUCUACGGUUCUUGGCUCUGCUGUCUGCCGUUCUAAUAUUCGUAAUCACAUUUCACUGUGCUGUAGCUACCGGAUUUUCUUCGAAUAUAGCCCAAGUUUCCCUCAAAAUGGAUUCUGACUUGGACCAAUGGCAACUCAUACCUCCUAGAAAUUGGGACACCCUCGGGCCAUUUCCUAUUCAUGCAAGAGAACAGCAUAUUAUAUCUCCAGGAUUUCCUUUGAGCUGUGAGGAUCAUACUCGAGCCACGAUUCCUAUAGAGGUCAAUACUGAUGAGACUUCAGUAUCAGCUCCGUAUUCUCGCGAUUUGGAGGAGACAUGGCCAUCGUCCUUGUCUGAAAGCGGAGAGGUAUCCUGGAAGGCAGCUUUCUUGAAUCCCAGGGGAGAACUCGCCGUGUCAUUCCCUGAUGUCAGAUGGGAGAAGAUUAGAGCAACGGAGGGUUGGGCUGGACUGCAAUUCCAUUCAGUCCUUCGUGCACCGCUCACCUUCCUUCCACCUCGCACGAAAAAUCCAAGACCAUUGCAACCCAAGCUCCGGGUUGAGCUAACUCAAGGAUCCUUCUUCACGAUCCUGCCAAGGGAGGCAACGGGAGUUCACCCAGAAUGGCACCCCGGAAACAUAUACGGUAUGGCUCAUGCUGCUCCAAAUACCGUCGAGCUCCCUGGCGUAUUAAAUCCCGAUAAGCCUACGACUUUUGAUUUCUACAUCAGUGGUGACUAUGAGAUCCGGCUAUUCGGAGAUCCACGCAGCGCUUGUCAAGAAGUUCCGACGUUGAAAAUAAACUUAGCCGUCACAUUGGAAGAGAAUCAACAGUUAAUCGUCAGACAAGCAACGCACGAUAUAACCUGUGAUUUUGUCGAUGGAUUCGCCUUCGGAGACGCGUUGGGCAUUGGACUUCGCAGCAUCGAUGGAUGGUGGACCGUUGAUGAUAUUAAACUUCCGGAACAAUUCCCGACAGGUCUAUCGCUUAGUCUUCUGCACAAGCAAGUUAUUGCACCAUCGCAGACUCGUGUCGUCCCAAUCUCUAUCCAGCAAACUGAGGCAUACAACGCAGGAUUAUUGUCUUUCGACCUUGUCUUGAAGGAACGUCAUGAAGAUAAUGGAGCAGCUGAACCUCGAACUGUAUCAAUACCCAUACGGAUCAAUUUACGACACCUAAAACAAUGGGAUACUUCAAAUGUCCAACCUAUUCGCGCGACAUUUUUCUUUGCUGCUUCUCAUCCGACAUAUAUUCUCGCCAAGGCACCUACAAGCCCGAAUUCUGAUGGUCAUUCUAGUUAUCUUCCUCUCCUUGCACUUCAUGGCGCAGGUGUCGAUAUUAUUUCGCAGCCAUUAUGGGCAGAUGCCCUUCCUCGUCAAGAACACAGCUGGAUUGUCAUGCCGGUUGGGCGUACGGAAUGGGGUCUUGAUUGGCAUGGUCCGAGUGCGUCUGAAGCUUGGGCGACACUUUCGGCCCUCGGCAAAAUACUACAUAGCAAAACCGAGUGGAAGUCCUGGGCAUUUCUACCAGAUACACGUGCUGUCGUUAUUGGCCACUCGAAUGGCGGACAGGGUGCUUGGUACCUCGCAAGUCGCUUCCCAGAUCGCACACAUGCGGUUAUCCCAGCGGCGGGUUACUUGAGUCCAGCCGCCUACGUCCCGCUCACUCCUUCGCACGGCGCACGAUUUGCGGACCCUGCGCUGCGUUCUAUACUAGAGAGUUCGUUCAUGCCGGAUGACAAUGCUUUGUUCCUUGGGAAUCUUGUAGACAAUGUGCCUGUGCUUGCCGUACAUGGGGGCAAUGAUACCAAUGUUCCAACUUGGCAUUCAAGAGAAUACGUUUCUAUUAUGAAGUCGCUGGGGAAUGCCUCUAAUGUAUCCUUCCAUGUGGAUGGAGGUCAGCAGCACUGGUACCCAGGCGUGUUCGAAAGCGAUACAGUACUUUCUUUCCUGAAGAAAGUACUUGAUCCUGAUAACCAAAACGAUAAAAUAGUGAAUGACGCUUCAUACUUCACUUUGACUGUUGCCGAUCCCGUUCGGUCUGGGAGUAUGCAUGGCUGCACAAUUGACGAACUUAUAAUUCCUGGGCGGCUGGCACGCCUGCAAGUCGACACACAUAGCGGCAAUACGCACAUUAGGACGACGAAUGUGCGCAAGUUCUCCGUCGACUCUGGAUCUCUUUGGUGUCGUAGUCCGGUUGUAGUGGAUGGAAGUCAUCUAUCAAUGGCCGCUCAGGAGAAGCAAAAACGAACGUUUACCAUUGCAGAAGAUAGGUCCUGGCGUCAGGAAAGCCAGGACUCAUCUUCCUCAACACCUGUUCCACCAGGAAGGUUGCAGAAUAUCUUUGAUACAUCAGGACCAAUAACAAUUGUCAUCCCUUCAGACCCGCACUUCUAUACGCGCAUGCUGUCUGCAGCGUUGAGAAUCUCUCAUGCACUCGAUGUCUACAUCAAAAUCGACAGCGAAAUAAUCACUGAUACAGAAGCUCUUCAUCGUCUCAAUUCGAACUCGGAAGGAAACCCUAGGCACAUGCAAUACCAUUUUCAAGGGAACAUCGUAAUUCUUGGUGGAAAGGAAAAUGCUCUAUCACGUAAACUCCUUCAAGUACCUCAGUCCGAACGACAAACAGAAUUUGGGAUCUCAGAAAGUGGAGAGUGGUUGUUCCGCAACCGAGUAUUGCCUGACGCAGAUAAGGAUAUUGGGAUCCUCUUCACUCAUCCGAAUCAUUUGAACCCUUAUGGUGCGGCCGUUAUACUGGCAGGCAGCUCUGACGACAAUAGUGGAGGAUCAGAAGGACUCGAACGUGUUUUGCGACUCCUCGUACCUCGUACAGGUAUUGCAGCCCCCGAUUGGAUUAUAGUUGGGAAGGAGGCGGAUCAAUUGGGGAUUGGUGGAGUGCUUGGUGCUGGGUACGUUCGGCUCUUGCCUACUCCGCCAUGUCGCUCACCUUUAUAA